CGCCAGUCGUGUUACGUAAAUAGUUCUAACGUGAGAUUGAUCGGCCAUUCCUUUUGCAAAAUACUGUUCGAAACAAAGGACCCUGUCGAGUGAACGUUUUUCGGGUUACUUUGUGAUAAAUUAUUUUGCAUUUCCCUUUUUCUACAGCCUGAGCUUUCUGAAUAAACGACUGGAGAAGAUGAUGUUCCUCGCUGUUGCAUGCUGCCUUAUGCCAAUGCUUGCCUUAGAGGUUCAAGCAAAACCCUUCAGCUUUGGACCAGGUAGUCCAGAUUGCCCGCCAGAUGCUACAAUGAAUUCGCAGCUUGUGCCAGACCCCAACGACUGCACAAUGUAUUCCAGGUGCAGCUUUUGGUUUUCGGCUAAAUUUACUUGUAGGUUCGGACAGCACUUCAGCCCCACCCAUCUGAGAUGCAUGGAUCCACGGAAGGCAGGAUGUGACCCUGCGUAUGAUAUCACUACACCAGCGUCCACUACGGAAAAAGCUCCCACGACUCGAAAAUUUUUUACGGCUUCGAGCACUGCGGCUCCGACGGAGGCGACAAAGACUGAAGCUAUUGAGACCGAGGCACCGGUUUUAACAGAAGCUGCCAAAACUGAAGUUAUUCUUGCAGAAGCUGAGGCUAGUCCUGCUGAGACCGCCGCUGCCACACAGUUACUAUAAGUACGUUUUAUUACGUAAUUGUUUCAGGGGUUGCUGACCAACCGUUGAGUAUCAAGCGAGAACCAAUGUGUUAUUAUAACAAUCCUGUAACACUUAACAAAGUUCCCAUGCCACAUCCAGUUUAAAUGAAAGUAGAUUGCUUGUUGUGUCAGUACUGUUUUUCGGUUUUGUAGCGAAAAUAAAGAAAAAUAGAGAGGCUUGUGGGCAACCGAUAUUUCAUAACCUAUAAUUCCAUUGAAAUGACAAACGAACUAAGAUCAAAAAGUUCUUCUUCAAUGAAGCAGUCCCUAAGGAAGGCUACAAUUUUAUUAACUAUAACCUAAUAAAGUCAUUCAACUCUUCAUUAUGCUCA